CAUCCGCCCCAUUCCUCCCAUCCCUCACAGCUCUGCCUUCUACAUUUCUCUCUAAAGCUCUGCCACUGCCAAACUUGAGCUUGUGGCGGUGGGCUUAGUGUCUAGGAGAAAGAGAAAGUCGAAAACUUCGCAACCAUGAUCAAGACUUUGAAUCCUUACAACUCCACCAACACAGCAAAAACGGCUGAGAUUAUGUCCAGGUACAGGCCCAUAGCACCAAGGCCUGAGACUAGUGCAACCACCACUACAGGUGAGAGCCCUGCCCUGUCUCAGAAGAUCAGGGACUCCCCUUACCUUCGAAGCCUCUGGCCUCAAUUGCAGGCAAGACCAACAAGAACCAGGAAGAGGGGUCGAGCUGCAAUUUCGCCACCAACCCUCAAAAGGCAAAGACCAAACCAUGGAUUUGGGCUCUCUCCUCCUUGCCAUGUAACAUCCCCUGCCAAAAAUUUAACCUUGGAUGGUUUUCCUCAUCCUCUUUCACAGCUUCCAUUACCAAACCAGCUUGGAUCAGCCAGCACCAGCCUUGAAAACACCAGUCUGGUGACUCUGCCUCUUCUAUCAUACCCUUCUUCGGUUCCCAUUGUCCCAAACCAAGCAGUGGUGCCAGCUGAACUCAAUUUAAUGAAACCUUCUGGAGGAGAAGACCUGCUCAUAGAUUUGAACUCUGUAGCUGAAAUUCCCGAGGAGAAAGACCUGCUGAAGCAACUACAAGGAACCCCAUCCCUUACUACUACUACUCCUACCACCCCCAGUGUCAUAGCACCUCAGCCAAUUCGACCCGUGGGCUCGAGCAUAAGCGUUGGCUGCAUCAGCACAGACCCAAGGUUAGCCCCAGCUGUGCAAGCUCCUAAGAAGCCAGAAGAUGUGGAGAAAGAGGUGGAGUCCGAGGCACUGCCAGCCAUCAUUUCGGAUUCACACAACAAGGUGAGGAUGGCAAAUGCAGCUUACAAGGAGAUGGUGGGUCAGCCAGAGUGUUCCUGGCUCGAUUCAAUGGUGGCCAGCUCGUGCAAAAGGAUCAGUGGGGAGGUUACACUUCAGCUUUCUGAUACAAGGGUGCCAACUCUAUCAAAUGGGUUUUCAUGCUGGGUGACGAUAGAGUGGGGCAAUGAGAUGGACAAGCAUGCUGUCAAUGCUUUCUGUGAUGUGAUCAAACUGGCCUGCGAGUCCAAGGACUACCUCUUCACUUGGAGGUUCCACACCCACAGCAGAGAGGCUUCUCAGUCCAGUUCUAAUGAAAUUGCUACUUGUAACUAAAUGUAGUGUAGGCUGUGUAUCAUAGUAGAAGAUGCACAUUAUAUAUCUACUAUAUAUUAGUCAAAUAUUAAGAGGAAAUAUAUAUAGUAAUCAGGCUUUUGAUGUAAAAUCUAGAGGAGGGUUUGGAUGUGUAUUAUUGCACUUCUUGGUAGAAA